AGCUGUAGCUGUUCGAAUAUCGACGGGGGAGUCACCGCGCGACUUUUUUGUUUUGCCUCGACAUUGAGGCGUUUGGACUACUGUCGAGCGGUUCUCAACAGCGGGUUAGCUACAGCGGCGCUGUGCUCAGUGUGCUGUUGUUGCCUCGCGAUGCGUUAGCUGAGCCUGGCAACUGUUUUUGUUUGAUUUCUGCUGUCCUCCCGGCGACGGCGUCGGUUUAAAGCCACGGCUUUGACGACACUCGACGCCACAAAGCCCCGAGACGCGCAGGCGUCACUGCUCAUGGCCGAUAAGGGGAAAGCCGUUGACCUUGUUUCCACUUUAACGGAAAAUGAAUGCAUAUGUACCGCUUUGUAUUUUUUGCACGGUCUAUGCAAAGAAGGCGACAACUGUCGAUAUUCUCACAAUCUGACCAACAGCAAGCCGGCUGCAGCCAUGCUUUGCAAGUUCUACCAGAAGGGAAACUGCGCCUUCGGGGAGCGGUGCAGGUUCGAGCACCACAGUCCGUCACAAGAUGAGCUGCCGACACCUGAGCCGUUGCCUUCCACCUCCCGAGCCAGCCAGCCCGAUCCGGAGCUCAGUGGGCCGACUCCUGGCCUAGGGGCACAAGAUUGGGUCAACGCCGCGGAAUUUGUGCCGGGGCAGCCGUACUGUGGGCGCGCGGAGUUGGCGAACGCGCCAAGCUCCGUCCCCCUCAUCGAGGAGUUGGACAGCGGCGGCAAAGAGCCACAGAAGCAGCUGUGUCCGUACGCCGCCGUGGGCGAGUGCCGCUACGGCCUCAACUGCGUCUACCUCCACGGCGACGUGUGCGACAUGUGCGGCCUCCAGGUGCUGCACCCCACCGACCUCAACCAGCGCUCGGAGCACACCAAGGCAUGCAUCGAGGCCCACGAGAAAGACAUGGAGAUCUCGUUCGCCGUCCAGCGCAGCAAGGACAUGAUGUGCGGCGUGUGCAUGGAGGUGGUGUUCGAGAAAAGCAACCCGAGCGAGCGCCGCUUCGGCAUCCUCUCCAACUGCAGCCACUGCUACUGCCUAAAGUGCAUCCGUAGGUGGCGGAGCGCCCGGCAGUUUGAGAGCAGAAUCAUCAAAUCUUGCCCAGAAUGUCGAAUCACAUCCAACUUUGUCAUCCCGAGCGAGUUCUGGGUGGAAGACAAGGAGGAAAAGCAGAAACUCAUCCAGACGUACAAGGAAGGCAUGGGGGGUAAACCGUGUCGAUACUUCGACGAGGGCCGCGGAACGUGUCCUUUCGGCUCCAACUGCUUCUACAAGCACGCUUUUCCUGACGGGCGUCUGGAGGAGGUUCAGCCUCCGCGGCGGCAGACCGGGUCCAGCAUCAGAAACCGGAGCACACCACACACGCAACUCUGGGACAUCCUGGGCGAGCGAGAAAGCGGCGACUCGUUCGACAACGACGACGAGGAGAUGGUCACGUUCGAGCUGAGCGAGAUGCUCCUCAUGCUGCUCGCCGCCGGCACCGACGAGGAGGUGACCGACUCCGAGGACGAGUGGGACUUGUUUCACGAGGAAUUAGAUGAUAUUUACGAAAUUUACCUAUAGCCACCACCCCCCCACUCACACACACACACAUACUUGCAUAUCUCCCAAACACCUAUUAAAUAUAUAUAGUAAACCCUAGAAUGGACUGUCUUGUGCGAGUGAUGGACAGUAGAUCCGCCCCCUCCCCUAAACUUGCAUUGUGGCAGUUCCUUUAAGCAGGCCAUUAAUAAAUGAUAGAAGAAAAAAAAAACACAAAAAAAAGUUGUGCUGGGAAAAAAAAAAACGUUCUAGAUUCCAUUUGACUUAACCUCGUUGUCCAAGCAAAAAAAAAGUGAACAAAAACUUUAUUGUAAUCUCAUUGACGCGAGAUUAUUCGUGGGCGUCGAUUGAACAAAAACUUGAGCGGAAUCUCGUCGACGCAGGUUUUUGUGAGCGUUUGGCUUCACGCGUCGCUCACCUACACCGAGUUUGUACAUAAAGUCCGUCACCCCUCCGAGGGUGCGGAUUGUCUUCAAAUUUGUUCCAAUUGCGACGGGGUCGUCGUACGAUUCGACCCCUCCCGCCUUCACCGAAGCUGUUUAUAGCUUAAAUAUUGUGUUAAGUAUUAACCGUACCCACGUUCCCGGUGUAAUCGGUAUUUCACUGUUCCGCCACGACUUUUUUUUUUUUUUUUUUGUCAAUGAUGAUCAAAAAGGCAUGUAGAUCACUACGCUAAAAUUGUUGGUUUUUGUUAAACCUAUUGCUGAUCCAUUUUGCACCUUAAGUCACUGAGCAGCUCACAAGCGUCUUCAAAUAACCCCCGACCCCACCUGACCACCCCCCCCCACCCUUCAUUUCAUCAAGUGCAAUAUUCUACUAUCUACUGACUUUAAAUGUUGUAAUGCACUUAAAAAAAGAGAGGGAUGUGAUCCCUUCCUCAGAUUCAGGCUCAAAAGUACAACGGGGAAAGAGGGGGGAGAACAGGGGCCACUGUUGGGCGUUUAAUGCCCGUAUUUUUAUCCUACACGUUUGAACUGUAGCCGUGAAAUGUUUCUCCGCUCCCCCCCUCCCGCCGGUAGCUGGUUUCAACCUGUUGAACUCUGUUGGAAUGCAUAUGUUUAUACUGAAAAUGUGUGUUUUCUAUGUUCCACGGCCAUCCAUGUUAACUUGAAAUUAAAAAAAGUUUAUCAAUA